UGAUGCUGUGUGUGUCUGUGUGUGUUAGGUUGUGUGUUUAACACUGUAUUUUUAAACGUCUGUCUCCCCUCUCUCCCCAGGUUAUGGGUGCCACUGAUGCCUCGGGGGUUAACUCAGACAGAGCUCUGCCCAGCUCAGAGAUGUACCAGCUGGACAUAGUGCUGAAGAGAGGACACAACCUGGCCAUACGGGACAGAGGAGGUACCAGUGAUCCGUAUGUGAAGUUUAAGCUGUGCGGGAAAGAGGUGUUUCGCAGUAAGACCAUCCACAAGAACCUUAACCCUGUCUGGGACGAGGGGACUAAACUACUGGUGGACAGUCUGCAGGAUCCUCUCUAUGUCAAGGUGUUUGACUAUGACUUCGGCCUUCAGGAUGACUUCAUGGGUUCAGCUUACCUCUACCUGGAGUCCCUGGAGCAACAGCGGGCGAUACCAGUUACUCUAACACUGCAGGACCCUCACUACCCUGAUGUAGACCUGGGAACACUGGAGCUGACCGUCACCUUAAGGCCUAAAGACGGCUCCAUAGAUGAGCCGCACAGAGAUGCCACUACCAUGCUGCUCAAACGGGCCUGGAGGCGAUCCAGUAAGCAGCAGUCAGUGCGUCUGGCAGAGCUGCACCGUAAGCACCAGCUGUGGAGAGGCAUCGUCAGCAUCUCUCUGAUCGAAGGUCGCGACCUUUGCCCCAUGGACCCUAAUGGCCUCAGUGACCCCUAUGCGAAGUUCAGACUGGGAAACCAGAAGUACAGGAGCAAGACCAUGCCUAAGACGCUGUGUCCCCAGUGGAGAGAGCAGUUUGAUCUGCACAUGUAUGAAGAGACAGGAGGAGUGCUUGAAAUUGCAGUCUGGGACAAAGAUACAGGACGCAGGGAUGACUUCAUAGGACGCUGUACAUUAGACUUGUCCACCCUCGCUAAGGAACACACCCAUCGGUUAGAGCUGACGUUGGAGGAGUCCCGGGGCUCUGUGGUGCUGCUGGUCACUCUGACAGCAUCCUCACACGUCUCCAUCGCCGACCUGUCGCUCACCCCGCUCGACGACCCCAUCGAACGCAGGGAGAUCAUGGGCCGAUAUGGCAUGUUCCGGCCCCUGUCUAACUUGAAAGAUGUGGGGAUAGUUCAGGUCAAGGUGAUGAGAGCUGAGGGCCUCAUGGCUGCCGAUGUCACAGGUAAGAGUGAUCCUUUCUGUGUUUUGGAGCUGAAUAACGACCGGUUACAAACACACACCAUCUACAAGAACCUCAACCCGGAAUGGAACAAAGUCUUCACCUUUAAUGUGAAGGACAUCCACUCUGUGUUGGAGGUGACAGUGUUUGAUGAAGACCGAGACAGGAGCGCUGACUUCUUGGGGAAAGUGGCCAUCCCACUGUUACAUAUCCAGAAUGGAGAACAGAAGGGUUAUGUAUUGAAGAAUAAGGAGAUGACUGGACCAACUAAAGGACUCAUCUACCUAGAGUCUGACGUCAUCUAUAGCACUGUGAAGGCAGGCUUGAGGACGAUAGUUCCACCAGAGCAGAAGUACAUUGAGGAAGAACCCAAAGUGUCUAAACAUUUGCUCCAGCAGAACUUUAACCGAGUGAAGAGGUGCAUCAUGUUCGUGAUAAACAUUGGAACCUUCAUUAACAGCUGCUUUGAGUGGGAGUCACCUCAGAGGAGCAUCAGUGCCUUCCUGUUCUUUGUGGUAGUAGUGUGGAACUUUGAGCUCUAUAUGGUGCCUGGGGCUCUGCUGCUGCUGUUGACGUGGAACUACUUCAUCACUGCAGGCAGGGAGUCAGGAGACACGGCAGGAGAAGCCACGUUUGAGUGGGAGGAGGAGGAAGAGGAGAAAGAUGACAAGGAUUCAGAGCGUAAGGGCUUCAUGGAUAAGCUGUAUGCCCUCCAGGAUGUGUGUGUCAGUGUACAGAGUGCCUUGGAUGACGUGGCCUCCUAUGGAGAGAGGAUAAAGAAUACAUUUAACUGGACAGUGCCUUUCCUGAGUUGGCUGGCCAUAUCUGUUCUGUGUGUGGCUACAGUCCUCCUCUACCUCAUCCCUCUGCGAUACCUCGUGCUCGCCUGGGGUGUGAAUAAGUUUACUAAGAAGCUCAGGAAUCCGUACCUGAUCGAAAACAAUGAGGUGCUAGACUUCCUCUCUAGAGUCCCCUCAGACGUACAAGUGAUGCAGUAUCGGGAGCUGAAGUUCGAUCCAGGACAGAGCCCCAGCAAACGAAAGAAGACCAACCUUGGCUAGACACACACACACAAUGGACUCUGUCUCGGAGGGAUAUUCAACUCUCCCAUACUUUGUAAAUAGGGUACGCAACUGUAAACAUUGUAAAACAAAUAGUAUAGAAUUUUUUUAUAUUAUGAAUAUUUCAUCAUUAUGAUUAAGACUAGUGCUAGUUUUAUUUUGUAUGUUUUAGUUAUUGUGGAAGUCACAGCCCAAAGAGAACACAGUGUAUGUUUUUUUACUCCUUUUCUUUGUUUGGUCACAAUAUCAUUUUAUAAAACGGGUUCAAACAUUUCAGAAUUUUUUUAAUUGAAAGAUUCCCUUCUGGAGACGUGUGUGCUUUCCCCCGACUAGAUACCUGGAUACCUGCAUACCUGUACAAGAUCAGCACAGGGACACACACUAGCCUCCAGGACUAAGU